GAUUUAAAUAACCAAAAAAAGGAAAACAGAAUGCUUGCUAGAAUAACAAGCGGUUUCAAAUCUAAUUUGCCAUUGAACUACGGGAAAGUAGUGCAAGCCUUGUUAAUGAGACGGACAUUCGCACCUGUCGCUCCUUCUGGCAAUGAUGGACUCUCAGAUUUGGAGACUAACUACAUAGUGCCAUAUAGCGAAUCCAAGGAUUUGCGUCCAUAUGUUAAAAAUGUGAAAAGAACUUUAAAAGAUUGCCUCAAUUUAAGCUUAGAGGAAAUUGAACAGAUACUAAAUAAAGAGGGCCAUGAAAAGAUAAAAGGAGGAUAUGCAAUAAGUAAUAUAGAAAUUUUAAACAAGGCUGGUAUCCAAGAAAAAUGUUUUAUAGAUUUUCCAUGGAUUAUAACACUGCAAACAAAGCGUAUGAGGGAUAAACUAACUCUUUUGCGCACAUUGAACGGAUUGAAAGACAUUAAUGACUUUGUGGCAUAUUUACGUGUACCAUUGUCACGUUUACGUAGAAUAAUUGCACGUUUAAAUCGUGAGGAAAAAUACUUGGCAUAUGGUAAUCGGGCUUAUUAUAUAUCGGAAAAACUAGGCUUGGACCCUUAUAUUGUCAAUAAACAUGUGGCCAAACGUUUAUUCGUAUUGGAAUUGCCUUGUGAUAUGCUUGAAGAAAACCUGCAACUCAUGCUUAAUUAUAAAGUGGCUCCUAUGAACAUAUUAAAAGAUUUAUGGGUGCUUCUUUACGCGCCUAGCGUGGUAGAGUUACGUUUAAAACGUGCCGCAUUAGGGAAAAAAGAUAGGAUAAUGCCUUGGAUGGUUAAAUGCCCGGAAUCGACCUUAAAAAGGACUUUACAACUAACUCAAGAUAAAUUAGAGGUGUUAGGCGAUAAACAAACCGCCGACGAAUAUGUAGCUGAACGCCUAAAAGUUACUGUUGAAGAAGCUCGCGCUAUAAUGAAGCGCUACGAUCAAGUGAAUACGGUGCGAGUGACAAAAAUUAAAGAAGUUUUCGACUAUUUGCUUGACGAGGCUGGUUUCUCAACUUUGGAAAUAUCACAAGUACCGCGAGUAUUAUGCAACAGUCUAGAAACUACAAAAAAGCGUGUGGAACACUUAAAACAAUUAGGUUGCCGUCCUCCUAGUUUAGUGGUAAUAUGUCGCAGCAAAAUGCAGUACGAAAAAUGGAUAGAAAUGUGGAUGAAAAGGAAUCAAAUAAAAGAAACACUAGAGUAGAUCUUACUUGUUGGACUUGAAUU